AUGAGGAGUGAGCGGGCCGAGAUGAGCCGCCACCGCCGGUCGCCGCUGGACGACGACGACCUCCUCUCCGAGAUCCUCCUCCGCCUCCCGCCGCAGCCGUACUCCCUCCCGCGCGCCUCCCUCGUCUGCAAGCGCUGGCGCGGCCUCGCCUCCGACCCCGGCUUCUGCCGCUGCUUCCGCAUCCACCACCGCCGCAACCCGCCCCUCCUCGGUUUGUUCGACAGCCACCCCAUCGUUCCCUUCCGGCCCACCGUGGAUCCCCCCAACCGCGUCUCGCCCGGCCGCUUCUCCUUGCAGCUCAGCGACAGCAGGCACGUCAGAUCCCUUGGAUGCCGCCAUGGCCUAGCACUGUACUUCGACUGCGUGCUGCCCCAGCUCCUAGUGUGGGACCCCAUCCACGGCGACCAGCGCCGCAUUGCCCUUCCGCCGGGGUUUGACGCGGAGAGGGCGCUGAUCGACGGGGCGGUGCUUCGUGCUGCCGGAGACGCCCACUUCCAGUUCCAGGUCCUCUUGGUAGGAGCGCUAGACGACGACGACGAUGAAGACGCCGAGGGGCAAAUGGUAUCUGUCUUCACCUGCGUUUACUCGUCAGAGACUGGCGUAUGGGGAAAUCUCUUCUCAACACUAAUUACAGCGGAGUCUUAUGUUAGUUUGGGACCUGCUGUGCUGGUUGGGGACUCCGUUUACUCAAUACUUGUUACUUCACCAGGCUAUGAAUUAGAUCCAGAGACGCAGAUCCUUGAGUUUGAUUUGAAGAUGCAGAGCCUAGCCACGAUACAGCUGCCAGUGGAUAUGCUUGAAUAUUGCCGCCUCAUGCCCGUGCGGGCAGAUGGUGGUGGGCUGGGUUUAUUCCUCGUAUCAAACUUCACCGCCCAGUUAUGGAAAAGGAAAACUGACUGCAAUGGUGUUGCUUCAUGGGGGCUGGGGAGAACUGUUGCAUUGGAUGAACUACUUUCCCUGAAUUCAGAGUCUGGGUACCUAAUAAGCAUAAUAGGGUAUGCUGAGGAAAAUAAUCUGGUGUUCUUGGGGACAGCUGAGGGUGUCUUCAUGAUCCAACUUGAGUCAUUGCAGUUCACGAAACUUUCCGGAGACGUCAUGUUCCCUCGUCAUCAUCCAUUCGAAAGUGUCUAUACUACAGGUUGA